CAAUCAGCUGCAGUGUAGAGUAUGAGGCGAGCGGUGGGCGUGAUGUAGUCAUGGCGGCGACCGUAGCCAGGUUGUUAUUAUGGAGAGCUGUGCGCGGAUUGGGGCAGAGCAGGCGCCUGUAUAGCGACAGUGCGGCUGAGGGCAGCUCCCAAACAGAAGCUGCAGCAAAGAAGUUCCCAAGAAUUUACACAAAAACUGGAGAUAAAGGUUUCUCUAGCACUUACACAGGAGAAAGAAGACCUAAGGAUGACUUGGUGUUUGAAGCACUGGGAGCUACUGAUGAACUGAGCUCAGCUAUUGGACUGGCCAGAGAAUUCUGUCUGGAUGCUAAUCUCCAGUUUGUGUCUGAACUUGAGAAGAUCCAGUGCAUGCUGCAGGAUGUUGGCUCAAACAUUGCAACGCCUUUGUCCUCUGCCAGGGAAAGCCACAAAGUACGAACAUCAUUUAGUGCCGAUCCUGCCCAGGAGCUUGAGCAGUGGAUUGAUAAAUACUCUGCACAACUUCCCCCCUUGACCAACUUCAUUCUUCCCUCAGGAGGUAAAGCUAGUGCAUCCUUGCAUGUGGCCAGAGCUGUAUGCCGAAGAGCUGAGAGAAUCACAUUCAAAUUGCUGCAAAAAGAAGAGGCCGAUCCAAACAUUGGAAAAUACUUAAACAGAUUGAGUGAUUAUCUCUUCACAUUGGCAAGAUAUGCAGCCAAAGCUGAAGGAAGACCUGAGACAAAAUAUACAAGAAUGGAGCCAUGACAACUCAACGUUUUCUAUGGGUUUUGUUCUCCCUGGUGGUUUGCAUAUUUCCUGCAGAGAAAAAGCAAUUUUUGAUGAGUUAUGGGCCCAGCUAUCAAAAUAAGAUGAACUUUAAAGUGGAAGUAAACCCUCCUAUCAUUUUCAGCCAAGGAAGCUGCCAUCUUGGCUUCUGUUUAAUCUUCAA